UCGUGACACCAUACAGGAAGUAGGCAGAGGGACGUUUGGAGUUACUGCUUGUGUGUUGUUCGAGUUGCUCGACAAGUGCGGAUAUACAUUUGUUGAGAGGAAACAUCUGGCAUAGCAGAGAGAUGUGCGCGUUCGAUAAGGACAAAGGGCCGAGGAGGCUGAUGAAAAAGGGGUUAACUCUCAUCCUGGUCGGCCAUAUUAACUUCAUCCUUGGAGCUAUUGUCCACGGCAAUGUCCUCCGCCACAUUUCCAAACCCAGCCAGGAUAUCACCACUGAAUACACUGUAGCCAACAUCAUCUCUGUCACCUCGGGCCUGCUGAGCAUUGCUGCCGGGAUUAUUGCUAUCUUGGUGUCAAGGAACCUUCAUGUGUUAAAACUGCAAAUAGGACUUCUAAUUACGUCAUUCCUGAACACCCUGCUCUCAGCGGCAUGCUGCACUGGUCUCAUCCUGGCCAUUAGUGUCACUGUUGCCCACAAUGGGCAGGGUUUGAUGCUGGGAUGCAAUGACACGCAGUUGCCCAUCAACGCUCGGUCACCUGUCAGCGCCCAGUGUCCGUUUGAUACAACACGGAUUUAUGACACCACCCUGGCGCUGUGGGUACCUUGUACUGUGCUGUCAGCGGUUGAGGCUGGACUGUCUGUCUGGUGCUUCAUUGUUGGAUUGGCUCUCAGAGGGCUGGCACCCUGUGGGAACAGCUACAUCAAAGAGCAGUUGGAGGACGAGGCUGAGUGCUCUCCCCACAGCCAACGUCUGAUUGCACAGCGCUUGAAGCCUGAUGCCUAACUGAACAAAAAUCCGGAAGGACACUGCUCCAUGUAGACAAGCGGAGCUAAAUCCCAAAAGGCAUCACUGCACCUUUAUUCAGACUAAUAGAUUUUGCCCUGCAGUCAGCUAGGUGAGUGUCACUGUGGAACAGGAGUGGAAUCAGUUUUAAGAGACUGGUUCUUGCUUCGUGGUAUCAUGGAGUCACAUACCCUGAUUCACCGAUUGUUUACCAAAUGGCUCCAUUUGCUUUCAUUUAUAAACCAGGCUGUAAAGCUGUGAGAAGAAGGCUAAUUUCAUCCAAUGUGUCUGUGCCUGAUGAAUGGUAAAUUAAUUUACAGUGACACAUAAAAAAAACUAACGUAUGUCUCUUUUUGCAGGAGCAUUCCAAAAUGUAGUUACUUUUGUGCAGAUAUUGGGAUUUGGUGUGAAUGUAUGUGUGUGGAAACUACAGUAAGAUAUUGAUGAUCUUUUCAGUCUUAUCUGUAUAUCUCCUUGACUGUUUGGGUUCAGUAGUAACAGGUGUGCCGUGCUAAGCAUAUCUUUCAGUAUGAAGAAACCAUUGUUCGUGAAGAAAGUGCACUUUUAUAUCUAGCAAAAAUAUAUACUUUAACUGAAUUUAGGAUUAUUUCAGGUUGUAUAAACUCAUUUCACAUUUCAGCAAAUCCAUUUUAUUGUUCUAAAUGUGUAUAAUCUGUUACUGUUUGUCCAGAUUAUAACCCACACGAUUGCAUCUGAGAUGCAACCAUACUCGUUAAUGUUUGCCUACAUACAAGUUUAAUGCCAACAAAAAAUUGUUUCAUGCUAGCAACUCAUGCACAUUGGCAAAUUAUAAUGUGAAGUCACUUCAUGUAAAGUCUGGAUGCAUUUGCGAUGAAAUACCAAAUUAUUUUUGAAACAAUUAGAGUAUGUGACUUCAAUCUGAAUUAGACAUGUUUAAUUGAACCACUUGAACCACUUUCACUUUUUGAAAGUGGUUUAUAUUAUUAGAAAAUUGUAAGUGCAACUGCAGUGAGUGACAUGUUCACUGAUUUCCACUGUGGCUUACAGUUGUAGGAAAACAAUUGGCUAGAUGAGCACGCCACAGAAAAAGCAACUGUACUAUAUUUUGUUUUUGGGUUUUUUUGGGUUCUUUUUUUCUCCAAAUCAUUUUAUUCGUUUUUAUUUUGAAUUGACCAGUGACCACAUUAUUAUUUGUCAGCCUCGUGCUAGAAUUGUUGAAUUUCAUAAAAAUAUGCUUCAGAGAGAAACACAAAAUGUUUGAAAAGGUAUGUAAAAAGUCAGGGCUAAUAAACUCCAGGGGAUUAAACCAACAUGUUUAACAGGUUUUUAUAUACUCUUUUGUUGCUUUUGCCUCUAUUAAGACACAUGCAGUGAUAAAAAGACAAAACAAUGGAGAGAUUAAGGUCUGCAACUGGAAAUGUGGACCCAGAGUUACAAUGCGCCUCAUCACUGACAGUUCAGAUUGCUAAAAAGCAGUGUAGUGGGGAUAUUAAGAGGAUGAUUUAAGAAAGAUAAUCUGAACCCCCUGAAUUUGAAAUAAACUGGACUGCAGCAGUGAGUGAAUGUCAAGUGGGGUCAUGUUAAGAGGUUAAACCAGUAUGUGGGCCAGGAGCCACAGCUGGCGCAGACCCCCCACCACUCAACGACAGAGAGGAUCAGAUCAGAUCAGCCAUGAAACGGUUAAUCUAGUGCCAGGCUCAAUCGUGUGGAAGGGAAUCAUAGCACGCUGUACUAAUCCUGAAGCAUUAAGGGAUAAAUAUUGACAUAGUGUUGACUGACACAAUCACAACAACCCUGUGGCCGUUGCAGUCAGUAGAACGUUGAUGUCGCACUUUAGACUCAUGAAAUUUGUAUUUGAAUUCACAAAAUGAAUAUGAGGUAAGAGUGUAGAUGUGUUUUAAAAUAUGUCAGACAAGCUUAGUGUUGUAUCAGGACAAAUGAACAGAUCCCAAGCAAAGUCAUAUGACAUGAUAUUUAAAUGAAGAGUUGGCAUUUUCAGAGACUUUGGGUUUUUAUGAAAUAUUUGAGUGUUUCCUCAUUUGGCUCUUUGAGGAUAUCAUUUGCUGUGAAGAAAUGGAUGUCCCAUAUCUAAGGUUUAUGUAGAAUGGUGUCAAUUUAUAAAUUUACCACAAUUAAUCAUUUUAUUUCAAAUACUGACCAUCUAAAAUAACACUAGCAAAUCACUAAUUUGGCAAAGGGUAUUCAUUAUUACAUAGAAGCUCAUUUUAUCAGUGAUAGUCUGUUAUUUUCUUGAAAUUGAUUGAAUUGAAAGCAUUUAAUACAAACCUUUCAACUAUGGUUGACUUCCUUUUUCUGCUUAAGACUCUUGUCAUUGAAUGUAAUGGUUUUGGAGCAAAGUGAAAUGCAGCAAUUAGUUUUCUGUACUCAUGUACAUACUGUACAUUGAUGUUCCAUGUAUUGGCAUACUGUCAGUAGGAGAUGUGCAGUAUUUCUUAAAGAUUUGCAUCAUUUGUGCGAUUUAAAUUUGUGAAAGACUUAAAGUGUACUUGUGGCUAGGUGUAAAAUGGCUAAAUGGAUAAUCGAAAACCUUUGCUGGUUGCAUUGUUUGUUUCAAAACAAGGGAAAUGUAAGCUCUUGAAAUAAGUUGAGUUGGACAGCCUGAUAGGACAAAACCAGUGCCAUCCCCCAUGUCUCCCCCUGAUUCAGCGUAGCUGUAAACUCUCCAACAGGUGUUAAAGAUGUGUAUUUUGUUUGCCUGCUUUUUUUAAAAGUUGACAAAUGUGGAUGUACUGUACACUUCAUGCUUUGCUUUAUAUACGUUUAAUGUCUAAUUUUAACGAGGAUUUUUGAUGAUGUUACCUGUAGUUGUUGUCUUCCUUUUAGUUUUGCCUGUACAUCAUAUCUGUAGUUCACAUUGUUUCCUUGCCCCUAGCCCCCAGUUGAGUGAGUUAGUGUCUCUGCCUUCAGUAUCCACAAUUUGUAUGCUGUCUGGUGCUACAGACCCUGUCGUGUAACAUGGGGGUCCCAGCUUGGAUUCCCAUUUGACCUCAAAAUGGCCCCCGUGUGACCUUGAGAAUGAUGCACGAAUCCCUACUGGCUCUGGAGCCUUUGAGUUUCAUGUACAAUCGAGGAACACAAAAAUGUACUGUUGGCACACAAGCGUCGGUUAUGCCUUAACAUGUAAGAGUACACCAUUAAAAAUUG